UAAGACCUGGGUAAUACAUUUCCGGUUAAUUCGUGUUAUUUCGACAUUUACCGUCAUUUUCCGGUAUAUAUCGGACUUUUCCGUUAUUCCGAACAUGGUUCCCUGCAUUGGAAUUAAAAAUUUAAUCGAGCACCGGGAACUACACUGUUACAUCCUGGCAUUUCAAAAUGGCGUUGCGAGAUACAAAAGGCCGGUUCACGGCGAAGAAAUUAACGAAGAACAAGUGCAAAAGAUCACGAUCAACUUGUAAUGAUCAUAAUUAUUAUUCGGAAGAACGUUCUUCAUUAGAUUCGAGUUUAACUAAGUGCAGACAAAGUGAUACAAACGUGAAUUUGCCUGGAAAUGUUGACAGAGAUGGGUGGAGAGUUGGACGGCGGAUUGUGGAGCUGGGCGUUCUCUUAGAUAAAUUAGAAUACUGUGUGAAAUGUAAGCUAGGACCAGUAGCCUUAACAAAAUAUUCUCUUGUUGGUGAGUUAAGGAAAGGGUUAUCGGGUUUUCUUUACGUCAGAUGCAGCAACAUGGACUGUGAACAUGUGAACGUUGUCCCAUAUGGCAAGACACAUAGAUUGAAAGAUAGAGGCAUGCCUUGCUUCACAGCAAAUACAAAGCUUGGUGUCGCCAUGAUAGAUAGCAUUGGUGGUUCCGGGAAAGUGAACAACAUGCUCUCCACCCUAAACAUUGCCCCAGUGAAUAGAAAGAGUUUGCAGGAUAUGGAAAGGCGUGCUGGAAGAUUGGUAGAGUCUGUUGCCAAGCAGUCUAUAGAUACAGCUGCCAAAAACACAUUUCAGAAGGAAAUGAGUGAAAUUUCCCAAAAAGAAUCCAUAGAGGCAGAAGCUAGCAUGGAUGGUCUCAUAGAAGAUCUGGGUGUGGCACCAUUACCAGAUGCAUCACCAGCAACCAAGUCUGUCUUACAAACUGCAUUUGUAUCAACAAGUAAUGAAACAGAGUGCCCUGAAAAGGCAUCUCCCUCACCACCGAGACAGCAUAAAAGAAAGUGUAAACUGUUUGACCAUAAUACAUGUAGAAAAACAGCCAUCAAAAAGAACCUCCUCUCCACAUUCAAGCCUAAGAAUUUUUUACGGAAUUUUCAGUUUGGUGCUAAUGUUAAAAUUUCAGCUCAUACAUUUUUAAUGAGUUCGUCAAAGAUGGGGAAGAAGGUUCUGAAGAGUGUCAUAUGCCACAGACAAUGUUCAACAUGCAAUUGGUGGAGACGUCAUCGCCCUGGUCAGCAAAUACGACAACACCGAUGUGUACGAAACCACUUUGGAAGUGCCCGUUCCAUGGAGAGUGAGAGUGGAGAGAAAGCUGUACUGGCUUUAGCAAAAGCAGGUACACCAGUUGAAAUUCUUGAAGGUGAUGGCGACAACACUUUAUUAGCCAGACUUAAAAGCAAGCACAAUAUCAGUUUGAAAAAGAGAUAUGAUAAAAACCAUGUGAUAAAAAAUUUAGGCAAAAGCUUUUAUGGUUUACAA